AUGGCUUCGCCUUCAUCCUACGCUGGCCAGAAGCGCAAAGUCAACGACAUGAGUUCCGACGAAGACGAGCGCCCGACUGGCGGCUUUCGUGGCUUCAAAAGAGCCGCCUCUCGAUCCGAGUCGCCUCCAAGGAUGGGCGGUCUAGGUAGCGCAGCCCGCAAUCCCCGGAACAACAUGGCCAAUAUUAAUACAGCAGGCAAAGGAGGAGGCGGUGCAGCCCGCGGAGGAGGAAAAGGCCCCGCAGGCAGCUCCUUUGCCGCGCGCAUGAUGGCGAAGAUGGGCUACAAGGAAGGAUCAGGUCUUGGAUCCACUGGCCAGGGUAUUGUGAAGCCGAUUGAAGCGCAGGCUCGACCCCAGGGUGCAGGUUUGGGCGCGGUCCAGGAGAAGACGAAACAGGCACGCGACGAAGAAAAACGAGAGGCCGCGCGCCGAGGCGAAACCAUCGAAGACAGUUCCGACGAAGAGAGACAAAGACGACGGAAGAAGAAAGAGGAGCGCAAAGGAGGGAGUCGCAGUGGCACGGGCACCCCCGUUCCACGAGCCAAGCCCAAAUUCCGGACUGCGCGAGAGAUCGAAGCCGACAUGGAGGGGCUGGAAGUGCCAAAUGUGCUCAAAUCUCUGGUCGAUGCUACAGGCAAGGAACAGCGUGUCUUGACGUCGACAGCUGGUUUGAUGACAUCACAGCAGUUCGUCACCCAAGAAGAAGGAGAGGCCUACAAGAUUGCUCAACGUGCUCGGAACGACUUGGAAGCCUUCGCAGACGAAUGGAAGGGCUUGACCGAACGGAAGAAAUUCAUCGAAAUCGAAGAGGCUCAGGUUGUGGAGGAACUAGAUGCGUACCAAGGGAAGGUCAACCAUCUUACCGGACUGAUCGCCGCUGUGGAAGAGCUGGAUAUCUUCGAACACGACGAAAGCAUCAUCUCCAAGUUCGAUGAAAUGACUGGCAAGCUUGAAGAAAUGGAAUCCAAAUACCGGGAUAUUGCGGACGAAUACAAACUGGCUGAGACCGCCGUUGCCGCCAUCCACCCGCUCUUCCGCCAGGCUAUGGAGGAGUGGGAGCCUCUUCAAGAUCCUACUUUCCUUGUGUCUCACCUCAUUCGCCUUCAGCCUCUUCUUUCUCGCCGGAACGAGAAUGAAGAAUUUCGCCCGCGGUCAUCUACUUCGCCUUAUGAGACCAUGAUCUACACCAUUUGGCUUCCGCGAGUGCGCUCGGCUCUCAUGAAUGAUUGGGAUGUAUACGAUCCAUCCGCUGCGACAGCAUUGGUUGAAGCAUGGAAAAACAUUGUCCCGUCUUUUGUAUAUUCGAAUAUUCUCGACCAACUAGUCGUACCAAAACUCAGUGGAGCUUUGAAGGCAUGGAAACCACGGAGCAGUCGACGAAACCCCUCCAGUCAACAGGAUGGCCAAUUUCCCUGGUGGCUUUUCCAGUGGCUACAAUAUCUGGAUGAACGACACACGAACCCCAAACAACCAACUGGUCUUAUGUCCGACACCAAGAGAAAAUUCCGCGUAGUGCUGGAUUCAUGGAGCCUACGCCGAGGUCUUAUCAACGGACUCGACCUCUGGCGGGAUGCCUUGCGCUCCGAGUUUGACAUAUGUCUACGCAAUCACUUGCUCCCACGUCUUGCGCGCCAUCUGCGUGAAGAUUUCACAGUAAACCCCCAAGACCAGGAUUUGACUGCACUCGAGGAUGUUCUUCGAUGGAAGGACUACUUCAAACCUAACGUUAUGGGUCUACUACUUAUCUCCGACUUCUUCCCCAAAUGGCACGAAAUUCUCUACAUAUGGCUUACCAAUGAUCCAAAUUACGAGGAAGUCGGUACCUGGUUCUCUUGGUGGCGUGAGCAGAUUCCGUCCGAAGUUAACGAGCUCACCAUUGUGGAAGAAGAAUGGAACAAAGGCUUGCAGACCAUGCACCAGGCCUUGGAACUUGGCGAUCGUGCAGCUGCCGAGCUUUCACGUCCAAUAGCUGGUGCUCAACCCAAACUUCCCUCACAAGAAGAAUCCGAGGCCAAGGCAGCAGCCGCAGCCGCAGCAUCUACUGCUGCUUCUCGACCCAAGCCCCAGGCUAUGGAGGAGCCAUCCUUUAAAGAGAUCGUGGAGAACUGGUGUGUGGAGCAAGGCCUCAUCCUCUUACCGCUGCGCGAAGCAAACCCCCAAAAUGGACUGCCGUUGUUCCGCAUUACUGCCAGUGCGACUGGCAAGGGUGGCAUUGUGGCAUAUAUGCAAGGUGAUGUGCUGCGGGUGCAGAACAAGAAAUCCAAAGAGCUCUGGGAGCCGAUGUUGUUGGAGGAUCGAUUGGUCGAGCUUGCCGAAGGACGGUAA